ACACGCUCAAGGAAGAACAACUAGACCUGCCUCAGUGCCAUUCACCUGUACUAUAGUCAUUCCCACAUCGAACAAACAGGACAGCAACGACAGCUCCAGCCAUGCCCAAACCAGUCAAUGUCCGCGUCACUACAGUGGACGCUGAGCUGGAGUUUGCCAUCCAGUCAGUCACCACAGGCAAACAACUUUUUGAGCAGGUGGUCAAAACAGUGGGCCUGCGUGAGGUGUGGUACUUCGGGCUGCAGUACACCGACAGCAAGGGAUACCUUACCUGGCUGAAACUGGAGAAAAAGGUUUUAUCCCAGGAUGUAAAGCGAGAGACCCCCUUGCAGUUUAUGUUCCGGGCUAAGUACUACCCCGAGGAUGUGGACAACGAGCUGAUCCAAGACAUCACACGCAAGCUCUUUUUCCUGCAGGUAAAGGAAGACAUCUUGAAUGACAGUGUCUACUGUCCCCCAGAGACAGCCGUGCUGCUAGCCUCCUACGCUGUGCAGGCCAAGUAUGGUGAUUUCACCCAAGAAAAGCACAACACUGGCUAUCUCACAACUGAGCGCAUGUUACCCAAAAGAGUGUUUGAACAGCACAAUCUCUCCAAAGAACAGUGGGAGGACAGGAUCCAGGUUUGGCACGAGGAGCACAGUGGCAUGCUAAAGGAGGACGCUAUGUUGGAGUACUUAAAAAUUGCACAGGAUCUGGAGAUGUAUGGUGUCAACUAUUUUGACAUCAAGAACAAAAAAGGAACAGAGCUGUGGCUGGGUGUGGACGCUCUCGGACUCAACAUUUAUGAGAAAAAUGACAGAUUGACACCAAAGAUUGGAUUCCCAUGGAGUGAAAUCAGGAACAUAUCAUUCAAUGACAAGAAGUUUGUCAUCAAGCCUAUUGACAAAAAGUCCCCAGACUUUGUGUUCUAUUCUCCUCGGCUGCGCAUUAACAAGCGCAUCCUGCUGCAGUGCAUGGGGAACCAUGAGCUGUACAUGACUCGCAGAAAGCCAGACACCAUUGAGGUGCAGCAGAUGAAGGCCCAGGCCAAAGAGGAGAAACACCAUAAGCUGAUGGAAAGAGCCGUACUUCAGGAUGAGAAAAAGAAGAGAGAAAAUAUCGAGAAGGAGAAGGAGCAGAUGGAGAGAGAGAAGAAAGAAAUGAUGAUGAGGCUCUACCAGUUUGAGGAGAAGGCCAAGAAAGCCGAGAAAGAUCUGCAGUCGCAGCUCGACAGGGCCAUGCGGCUGGAGGAGGAAAGGCGAAAGGUGGAACAAGAGGCUGCUCGUCUGGAGUCGGAGAGACAGGCAGCUCUGUUGGCUAAAGAAGAGCUGGCCAGACAGUCUGAGGACCAGAUGAAGAACCAGGAACAGCUGGCUGCAGAACUUGCUGAGUACACUGCUAAGAUCUCCCUCCUGGAGAACGCCCAGAAAGUGAAAGAGCAAGAGGCCAACCAGUGGCAGAACAGGGCUAGGGAGGCACAGGAUGAUCUUAUGAAGGCUCGUGAAGAGUUGACUUUGAUGGCAACCAUGACCCCAGCACCGCCUCCACCAAUGCUCAUAGGAGACGACGGUCAAUUGGAUGAGCCGGAGCCAGAUGACCACUAUGAAAAGACCAGAUAUUACAGCACUGAUUUAAUGGUUGAGGGCAUCCGGAAUAACCGCAACGAGGAGGACCGCCUCACAGAGACCGAGAAGAAUGAGCGCGUGCAGAGACAGCUCAUGGCCCUGAGCUCCGAGCUGGCUGACGCACGGGAUGAUACCAAGAAGACGCAGAACGACAUUUUGCACAUGGAAAACAUGCGUGCCGGAAGAGACAAGUACAAGACCCUGCGCCAGAUCCGCAUGGGCAACACCAAGCAGAGAAUAGAUGAGUUUGAAGCCUUGUAGAGACUAAAAACAUCUCUAAAUCACCUCAACCAAAACAAAACACCCUGUCACGAGCAGUUUGCUGUACCUGUUAUUUAGUCUUUCUUACUGUUAUUUAAUCAUGGUUGGUUCAUUGGACAGGCUUGUGUUUGUAUUUUUUUUGUAUUCCUUGCUCAAGGGUGCAGUUGUAAUGGGUAAAGGAGGAGAAUUUUAGAUCCAAAAAAAGCUCCGGUUCUAGUUUGGAGCCCUGGCCCACUGAACUAUAACUAAUCAGUAUGUUCACUAUAAAUAUAAAUGUUUUUCCACUACAUUUACUUGAAUACUACAUUCAUUAAACACAUUAUAAACUUUUGACUUAAAAUCGUAACGUUAGCCAAGAUUGUAUUUAUACUAAUUGUGCCAUAGACAUGUAAAACCAACAAAUUAAAAGUAGCCAGUGUCCAGGUUCUCUUUUAAGAAUAAUGCUGAUUUCUGCCACCUAGAGUCUGAAGAGACUAUACGUAUACUUUUAUCUAAGAAUACACUGCAGAAUAAAAAGAACAAAAAACAAGAAAAACAUUUUUUUCAUGUUUUUGGUCUUGGUUCUUUACAGAGCUCUUUUCCUUUUUUACUACAUAAUUUUUUUUUGUUAAUCUUUUAAUGAAGUGCUGCAUUAUUAGAUUUAGGUUAUUGACAUAGUAUAUAUAUUAUAAUAAUAAUAUAAAUUGUAUUUUUUGUUUGAUUCCUGAAAUGCCAUGAUGGUGUUGAUUUGAAUCUGAGUUUAACAUGCCAUUCACUUUACCCUUUAUACAGAUUAAUGUACUAAGUGGAGGUGUGCUGCUUGAUAUCUGUGGACCAAAUAUAGUUUAUUAUUAAAUACGAAAUAAAGAACCACAAUAUGUAUUAUGUCUGAUAUACCCAUUUUACACAGGUAAAGAACUUCAGUCAAAAUGUUCUGUGAUAAAACCCAAUCAUUUCUAAAGAAAAAGAAACAAUCCAAGUCAUGGCUGAUAAAAUUACAGUUGUUGCUGUGGUAAAUCAGUGACUAAUUUAUAGCUACUGUUGUUCCUCUGUUAGCUGUAUGGAGUGCAGUUAAAAGCCGGAUUGUUGUAUGAGAGGCCAUUAUCUACUCACCCACCACAUCACUAAUUAUGUUGCUAGACAACAACUUAUUACACCUGGAAACCAUAUCAUGUUUAAAUAUAUGCUGGGUCAAUACUGGUGCAUUUACGACAACUGUGUAUCAUCUUGAGUUCCAGUGGAAAUAAAUGUUCCAUUCGCCAAUUCCUAAAAAAUCCCUGUAAUUAACUCGGUGUUUUCUGUCUAGAAAUGCUUAUAAUGUUUGUGUUUGUAUAAUCCUACAAGACAUUUACACUCCAGUGGUAAUUUUGUUUCUUAUGUUUGUGUAAUACAAACAGACUACUCUUUGUGGUAGCUGCUCUAAUGAAACAAGCAGACGAUUUAAUAUUGCCAUUUCACUGUCUCAAAAAAUGUCAAAUUUAACAAAGAAAUUCAUUGUCUGUUUUACAAUGCUUCAUCCUAGUUAGGAUCACAUUGGGUACGAUUUACUGGACGAAAGGUAUGAAACACUCCAGGCAGGUCGCCAUUUUAUCACAGGGCAAACACACACACACAUUCACACUUAGGGCAGUUUUAGUAUCUCCAAUUAGCCUGACUGCAUGUAUUUGGACUUGUGGGAGGAAACCGGAGCAUCCUGAGGAGACUCAGGGAGAACAUGCACAAUCCACACAGAAAGGACACCAACUCCACCUGGGAAUUGAACCCAUUUUUUUCUCGACCUACCUCAUUGUGACCCUUGUCUAGAUGUCCAAUUUGGCCAGACAGCCAACUCCAAGACAGUUUAUGGUUGUGUAAGGUUUCUUCCAUUUCAAAAUGAAUACUCAAAGCAUUACAUAUUGUUUUAUAACAUAGCCCUGAUAUAUGCCUCGACAAAACAAAACUAAUUCCUAUAAAACUAAAUUGAUACAGAUAAAAAUAUUCAAAUGAAUUAAUUACAGUAGUACCCUCUAGCAGGACUCCUGCACAACAACAAUAAGCUUUCAACAAGGGCUCAGUUUUGAACUACUUCUUUUUACAAAUUGUUUUCUGACAGCAUGUUUAUAAGCCUUAAAGAUGAGAGAUCACAAGAUAUAACAGUGGUUCAAAAAGUUUGUCUGCAAUAAAUAAAUGAAAUAAAUAAAUAUAUAAAAUCCUA